AUGACAAAGAAAAAUGGUUUUCGAAGGCCUUUUCAUCUAUUUCAAAUUACCUCAUGAAUCCUCAUGAUUCUUCACACAGUGAUCAGCAUCCUCUGCGUCUCACUUUUCUUAUCAAAUGACUUAGCUAUCCUGUUUUUGGUUUUAUUUUAUACUUUUCAUAUUUCAGUUCUAAUUGAAGGCUAUAUAGCAACUAGCUCAGAUCCAACAAUAGCAAUCAACGUUGAAGAUUUAGCUUUGGAUACAAGUAUCAACUUUUUUUGCACAAUAUGCAAAAUUUACGUGACAGAAUCAGCAAAGCACUGUGGUCAUUGCAAUCGAUGUGUUGAUAGAUUUGACCAUCACUGCAAAUGACUGAACAAUUGUGUGGGAAAAUCCAAUUAUUGGAAAUUUAUUGCGCUAAUUUGAACUCUGGAAGCCGGGACUUCCGUAUUGCUAUCAUUUGAAAUUUAUGUGCUAAGGCAAGGAUUUUCAGAUGGACUGCUAGAUGAUAAAUCAACUGAAUCCUUGAUUUUUGCGGUUUUAUUUGUCGACAUUUUAAUUAAUGGCUCUGUAUUUUUGGCUAUUGGAUACCUGAUUGGUAUCCACAUCUAUUUGGGGUUCAAAGGCAAAACUACCUAUGAGUUUAUACAAGAGCUGAGAAAAAAGCCAAGCAAAAACCAUGUCAUCCCAUUAGAAGACUUGGGUAAAGAUGAAGACCAAGAAAGCUCACUAAAAACGCACUGCAGAGCAAGUCCUGAAAAAUUAGCCCAGAUAAGAGGCAGUGUACAUAUGAAAAAUUACACGUUUAUUGCAACCGCUGAUCAUGAUUUCUCAUAUGGGUCAUUCAAUGUGAACAAAACCUUUUUAGUGGGCUCGUUUUCGAUUGACUCUGAUAGCUCUCGAAAAGAUUAUAUUUUUUAG